GCUGGCUGCCGGCGCUUGUGUCUGACCCGGUGUUCCGACGCUCUCUGACGAGGUAACACAGGUCGUCAGAACACCGGCUCCGUCUGUGAACUCUUUUUAACAGUUUCAAUCRAGAUGAGCAUCAACCGCGAUUCGCGCUCGGAGUUUUACUCUAAUGGCGACGUCGGAAGCAGAGAGAACUGCGAGACGACACCUUUAUUACAAAAUGGAACAGUACAAACCAGAGCCACCGGAGCCUCCUUCGCCUCCUCUGUUUUUAACCUGAUGAAUGCCAUCAUGGGCAGUGGAAUACUUGGUCUAGCUUAUGCUAUGGCCAGCACAGGAGUAGUUGGUUUUUGCAUCUUGUUAGUACUGGUUUCCAGCCUGGCAGCAUACUCUAUACAUCUCCUUCUGAAGCUUUGUGAUCAAACAGGUAUCAACUCAUAUGAAGACCUUGGUGAGAAAGCAUUACACAAACCAGGAAAAGUCAUGGUUGGAAUUGCUAUUGUCGCCCAAAAUAUUGGUGCCAUGUCGUCUUAUUUGUUCAUCUUGAAGUCGGAGCUUCCUGCAGCCAUUUGCAGCUUCCUGAGCUCAGAAAACACAGGACAUGCUUGGUAUGCUGAUGGCAGGUUGCUUCUGAUUCUUGUCACGGUUUGUGUCGUUCUGCCUUUAGCUAUGCUUCCUAAAAUUGGCUUCCUGGGCUACACCAGCAGUCUUUCCUUCUUCUUUAUACUGUAUUUUACAAUUGUGGUUGUGGUGAAGAAAUGGUCCAUUCCCUGUCCUCUGCCUCACAACGAGACGACACUAACAGGCACUUUCCAGGUAUCAAAUACCUCUGACUCAGAAUGUACGCCCAAACUCUUCAUCAUGUCGACCAGGAGUGCCUACGCCAUCCCCACCAUGGCCUUCUCCUUUCUGUGCCACACAGCUAUCCUGCCGAUCUACUGUGAAUUAGAACGACCCUCCAAGACCAGGAUGCAGAACGUUUCAAACAUYGGCAUUGGCCUCAGCUUCCUGCUUUACUUCAUUUCUGCUCUGUUUGGUUACCUCACCUUCUACGGUCAUGUGGAAUCUGAGCUGCUGCUUGGCUACAAGACGUACUUGCCGCGGGACAUCAUGGUGAUGACGGUCCGGGUGGCCAUCCUCCUCUCUGUGCUGCUGACUGUGCCGCUCAUACACUUCCCUGCUCGUAAGGCUGUGAUUUUGCUGCUGUUUGGAGGUCGUGCCUUCUCCUGGUGGAUCCACAUCAUCUCAACACUAAUCAUCCUGAGCGUGGUGCUAAUACUGGCCACCUUUGUGCCUGAUAUAAGGACUGUGUUUGGAGUAGUAGGUUCAACCACGUCCAGCUGCCUGCUGUUUGUUUUUCCAGGCGUCUUCUACCUCAAAAUCAGCGACCGUUGCCUCAAAUCCAUCRACUCAGUUGGGGCUCUGCUGCUCGUUAUCUUGGGGGUGAUUAUGGGUGUUAUCAGUCUGUCUGUCAUCAUUGUUACGUGGAUCACAAAUUCAUAAACCCCUCUGGUCCGGAAAAAAAGGAAAAAAAAUCAGAAAACAAAGGGAAACAUAAACCAAAGACACUGAGUUAAAUUAAAUGUGUAUUGCCCACUGCCUUAUAUKCCAAAAACUGAAACCGAAAUCCUCCUGUGCUGAGAGGGAAUGAAGUUGGAACUGCUYUGGUCAAACUUUGUAAAGGUCUUUAUGCACUAAGGGUUGUAAAUGACUCUCAGCUACUACCACACCAAAUUUUAACUGCAUAUCUGUAAAAAUAACUGAAUUUUAGCCAGUUUUGUUUUUGUUAAGGUCAGCUGGCUGUGGCUGAUAAAAAGGGAACAGAGAAAUAAUGAGCAGCAGUAUCUCAGGCACAUUUUAUCCACUUCUGAACACUAGUGUUUUAUACAUCCUUUACACACUGACACAGUAUCAAAAAUCAAGACAAUUCACUUGUUUACGAAUAAAUAUAGAUAUUAAUUCCUGGUGCAAAAGCGGAAUAUGGUUUACUAUGAUUAUUUCAUGCUGUCACUUUUAUUUUCACUGAUGUAGCUGUUUUGUUGCUUUAUGUGGACAAUCGUGCACUUCAGUUAAACACUUAUGUGAAACUGUUAAAUAGGACACUUUAUUUCUGUUCAGUCAUUGGUUUGGGAACAUUCUUUUAAUUACCAGUAUGUAUUAUUCCACCUACAGUCCUGACUUUAAAUGUUAUGCCCUGUUCUGUGGAAGCUGUUUUUUUAUUGUGUUUUUAAAUGAGUGGCAUUAAAUGAAAAAGGGAACAUGUUGAUGUAAUGAGAUGUCAGUUUGCUCAUUUAAAUGUCUUCAUCAACA